AAUCCAGAGUUGAAACUCUGAUUUGCGUGUGUCAUAGCUUCAUUGGUUAAAAGAAGUGUUACCCAACAUCCAUUCAUUAUUCUUAAGUUUAGGUGUUUAGUCACUAAUUUUCGACCAUAUAAUAAAAUGCCUAUUAAUUUACUUCGAAUUCGAUAGAGUUCAAAUGGUGGUAACAUUUUUUUUUUUUAUCUUGGUACAAGGUGUAAGUUAUACUUGUGUAACUGUAACUUUAAGUUUAGGUGUUAUAGCUUUAUUGGUUAAAAGAAGUGUUACCCAACAUCCAUUCAUUAUUCUUAAGUUUAGGUGUUUAGUCACAAAUUUUCGACCAUAUAAUAAAAUGCCUAUUAAUUUACUUCGAAUUCGAUAGAAUUCAAAUGGCGGUAACAUUUUUUUUAUUAUCUUGGUACAAGGUGUAAGUUAUACUUGUGUAACUGUAACUUUAAAAGUUUGUCUAGUAUUUCUUGUCUUUGUACUCUUUGUAUAGGAAACUUGGAUGGAAUUAGACAUUGUGAGUUGUGAGACUCGAAUGUUUGGAGUAAAAAUGUGAUGACUGAUUAUAUUUGGAAAGGUAUCAUAGCCCAAAGUUCAGUCAUAUUAUGAUAUCGGCCUACCCAGCUUUCUAUGAGUGUCAAGCCCAUUUUGAUGGGCCUUUAGCCCUAAUGAAGUAGGGAUACCAACUGGUCUAAGGUUAUAGCUCUGGUGGGCCAUUCUUGAAGGUCUGGUUAUGUGGAAACAGUCAGAGUUGCAAUCUCUUGUACACCUGGAAACAAGAGGCUGUGAGUCUGACUGUAGUUAUUAUUAUUUCUUUUGAUGGAAGUUCUUUUAUUUUACUUAUAGAAAUCAUGAUUAAUUUAGUGACUCAAGUACCUAAAAGCAAAAUACUUUUUGAAAAUUUUCUAAAAAGAACUGCAUUCUUUUAUAAAAAAAAGCAGGUUUUGAUAUUAAUAGAGAUGGAUUUCAUAGAGAAUGGAUUAAUGGGUUGAAGUUUCUAGAUAAUUAGCCUUAUUAACAGUGGUGAAGUAACAAUUCAGUAUUUUUAUCCCCUAAUAAUUUGUGAUUUUAACUUAACGAGCUUAGCUGGUUUGAUAGUGGACGAAUUAGAUUCACUUUACCUCUUAAUGUCAAUUCCAGUACAUUACAGCUGUCUAAGUGUCUAACUAACAAGAGCUUCAAGUAGCGACCGCAAGAAACAUCCAAAGUAGAUUUUUUUUCCCUUUCAGUCUGGAACUCUGGAUCCUUUUCACUAGUCGCCCUUUCCAGUGACGUCACUGAUGACUGCAUCUUGUUUCAGAUUUUGGAAACCUACCCCCAACGACGUAGUAUCGCUAGUCGUCGCGCUAACCCUCGGACAGUUGCAAGAAUCAUGCGCUAGAUCCUCUCUGGAUCGAGAAGUUCAUCCAUCUGCUGUCUGUGCUCUCCACAGUCCACACCUUCUACCAUUUAUUUCCACAGCCUGCACUGCUUUCUCAGAAGGGCUCAAAAUCCUAGGCUCUUCUUAUCAGCUACUCGAUUGAACCCACGUGGCAAAGAUCCACUCUUUUGGGAGGUCUCCCCUCCAUCUGACGAUCAUCUCUUUGCAUCACUUUCAUCAAUUGGUAGAGACAUCGGAGACGUGGCUAACACAGACCCCAAAUCCAGACAUUAAACCCACUCUCUCCCUCCCUCCCUCCUGUCUAGUGUAGUCUCUCGGCAAUCCUGAGCAACAGCAGUCUGUUCUUUCUGGGGAGAGAGGAAGAAGAAGAACCAGAAGAGAGAAGAUGGCUUUAGCAGUAAAGGCAUUACCUUUCACGUUUGUGGCGCACGCGAUUGCGGUGGUGGCUGCAGUCAUGGUUUUGGUUUGGUGCAUCCACUUCAGAGGCGGCUUAGCUUGGGAGGACACCAACAAAAACCUUAUCUUCAAUCUUCACCCCGUGCUGAUGUUGAUCGGCCUUAUCAUCAUAGGAGGCGAAGCUAUAAUAAGCUACAAAUCUCUCCCUCUGAAGAAACAAGAGAAGAAACUCAUCCACCUGGUCCUCCAUGCCGUUGCACUCAUCCUCGGAAUCAUUGGCAUCUACACGGCAUUCAAAUUCCACAACGAAAGUGGCAUCGCCAAUCUCUACAGCUUGCAUUCCUGGCUUGGCAUCCUCGUCAUUUCCCUUUACGGCAUCCAGUGGGUAUAUGGAUUCCUCAUCUUCUUCUACCCCGGAGGUUCGAGCGCCCUUAGGAGCGCGUCCCUUCCCUGGCAUGUGCUGCUCGGGCUGUUUGCAUUUGUAUUGGCAGUCGGCACUGCAGCAAUAGGGUUCCUUGAGAAGCUGACUUUCCUUCAGAACUCCGGACUGGCUAAGUACGGAUCCGAGGCUUUGCUUGUGAACUUCACUGCUGUGGUCACCAUUCUGUAUGGUGCCUUCGUCAUGCUGUCUGUACUCGGUCAGAAGCAGGCUGAAGAUGACUACUAUACAGCCAUAUAAGUAAAGCCUAGAGAACGAGGUUUGUGUAUUGGAGGAGGGAAAAGAACGAGGUUUGAUCUGGUAAUAUUGCGUAGUACCCGUUCCACGGUGUAAUGUACAAUCGGCACGAUGGAUCCUGUAAUGUAGAGCUUAUUUCUAUGUGUAUGUAGAUUUGGUCAUGGUGAUUCUCUUAUGUUACAGGUUACAACAGAAGUGAGGAGACAGGAAUGGAAAUUUUGCCAGGAAAGUGGGAAGCUCGCUGAUGUUCAUUCACAAAGAAUGAAAAAGAAAAACCAAAUCACGGUUUUCAGGGAUUGAUUGGGCUUUUCGGGUUGCCGUCAGUGGGCUUUCACCUGGCGCUGGUCCAACUUGAGAGGACAGCCGAAAUCUCAUAUGGGCUUUUGUUUUUGGGCGAGUACCAUUGGACUCUUUAAGGGAUGGGCCUACGCUUACAUUCUAGUCUAAGCAUCAUUUUGUUUUCGUCCACGAUAAGAAACGAUGCUGAAUAAAAAAAGAAAAAAGCUAAAAAAUACAAAGAAAACCAUUCUAUCGGAUUUAUCUCCCUAGAAUAAUUUUAUACAAUGAAAUCUUUUUAAAACCGCUCUUAACUUUGCUUACAGCGUUCCGUGAUUGUCGAAUUAUCUACGUGCGAUUUAAUAAGGGCAAAGCAUUGUACGCACAUUCUCGCAUCGGCCGUGGGCAUUUUAGCAGAAUUUGUUUCCGUCAAAGCAAGCUUUUGCAGACAAAUUUUUUGGGGCAGAUUUUAGAAGCAACAGGUUUUUGGUUGCGACAGGAUUCGGUGGGUGUGGGCCGGCAUGAGACAGUGACACAUGUCUUCCAGGGACCGAGGGGAAUCUUUGAGAAUCCAGGGACCUCAUAACGUGGCAGAUUGUUAUUUGUUAGUUCACAUCUCUGUCCUACAACCGUCGCAACAGCUCACAGGAUAGAUAAUCUUUUUUUUUUUUUUUUUUUUUCUGGGUAACGAGGUCCUCCAGUUGCCCUAAUCUAUACACACGUUGUGUAUGUGUUAUGUGUCAAUGGGGUAUGGUUUGGACUUUGUAUCUAAAUAAUUUAAGGGUGGUUUAUUACUUUAUUUAGUGGAUUUGAAAAAUGAAGGUUUUGGUAAAUUUUGGGUUUUGUAAAAUUAUGGAUAUAUGAGGACUUGAAAAAUAUUAUUGUUUGUUUCAUAGAUUUCAUGAUCGAAUUGGUUAAUUAGAUUUGUACUUAUGAAGUGAAAUUUACAUUUAUUGUCCUCAUUGGUUUGAGAAGAGAAAUGAAAUAGGAGGGGUAGUUUGGUAUUAAAUGAUGAAAAUCAACGUUCAUGAUCAAUUCUCACCUAAAGAGGUGGAACUUUCAAGUCCGUGGGGUCCACGAAUUUGAACUCUUAAAGUUUGUGGGACCCACAAAUUCGUUGCUCCUAAAUACAUGAAGUAAAAAAAUGGAUUUUUGACAAAGUCCAUGAUGGAUCCAAAUCCGUCAAGCAAACAACCCCUAAGGGGUCGUUUGCUUCGUGGAUUUGGAUGAUGGACCAAAUCCAUUCCAUCAUGGAUUUAAGGAAAAUCCAUCGUUUGCUUGCAUUUCUUUAAGGGUCCAAAUUCGUGGACCCCAUGGACUUGUAAAUCCAACAUAUUGACGUGGGAUUCGUAACAUGUCAUAAAUCCAUGAUGAGAUUUUACCCUUGUACUCUCAUGAACUUUUAAAAUUUCAAGCUUGCACUCACAUUUACCUGUUGUACGUUAUAAAUAGUCAAUUAGUUA